CGCCAUCUUCGCGCGAGCUUGUCUGUUAUCGGUCAAUCGCGUUCAUCUCACUCAAUUUCAGUCCCAUCUCAGCGUCCACUACUUCUUUCGCCACUCCUUGCCUCUUGCUAAACUAUACCCCGCCAUCACGAAUUUAUCACCGAUAUACUAUGUCACCAUCCAAACGAGCUCGCGAUCUUGCGCCUUUGUCUUGGGAAGCCCCCUCUGAAGAGGAAUAUAAGAGCUUAAGACGGUACAAGUCAUUUCUGAUGCCCCCGAACAUCUCUUACUAUCUUGGAGAUUUUGUUUGGCUCGCUCAUGAACACUCACGACCACCCAUUCCGGAAUCGCCUCCUCGUAAAAAAUCACGCGCUUCUCAUGCAGCCGAAUCAGCGGUUGAAAAAGAAGAAGAAUAUGAUGACGAGGAGGAGGAGGAGGAAGUUGAUGAGACUGAAGAGGAGAAGCAGAGAAGGGAGGCCGACGCGAUGUGGAAGGCCGGAUACUGGAUAGGGAGGAUUGUGGAGAUUAGGGCAAGGGAUAAGACUUACGUUUGGAUGAAGGUCAGAUGGAUGUGCCGAACAGUAAAAGAGCUUAGAGAAUCGGAUGUGAAGACCGGACUACCAAAAGGCAAAGUUGGUGGUCGUGAGAUCUUUAUGCUUGGUCGAGAGUUUGACGCGGUCCAGCCUGUCGGCACUGUCGAAUCUCACGCUCCUGUGACUCUCUAUGAUGAAUCCAAUCCCAUGCAGGAGCCUUUUGACAACAAUACCAUCUUCUAUCGAAGUGAAGCUCGCACCCCCAGCCUCGAGGAAUCUGCUGUUAUCCAAGCCAAACUGAACCCCGCGAAAGCAAGCUCCAAAAGAGCUCGUCAAUCUGACAUCUCUCGUUCAAGACAUCUUUUCCAAUAUCAACCACCUACAUGCUACUGUACGGAACCCUAUCUCCCUAUAACCGACCGCCCAGAACCUAUGGCUCUUUGUCCCAACCCUGGGUGUCUUAAAUGGUUUCAUCUCGGCUGUCUCGACUGGCGUGGAGGCGACUAUCGCCGUCCCCUCACCCCUUUUUCCAUUUCAUAUAUCCGCUCUUCUGGCCUCCAACUACUUCCUCUAGCAGAUUACACAUCGUCUCCCGAAGUCCAAUCCGACGUCAUCCGGCCCCUUACGCCUGGAAAACCAUUUUGGGAAGUCGUUAACGGCACUCCUACACCGAAAGAAAUUGAGAAAUUGAGAGAAGAAGGAUUGGCAGAAUGUCAGAAUGAGUAUGCAAAACGGGAUGACCAGGAGAGCGAUAAGGUCAGGCAGGAGAAGGAAGGGGUUCUGAGUUUUGCGGAGCUUCAGGCGUGGGCUGGACAGGUGGAUGAGCAGAUCCCGGAAGUUAUUCAACAAGCAGCCAUCGCUCCUAUUCUACGAGGCGAGAAAGCUGGAGUAGUUGGCAAUGCCCGAAAAGUCCUCGGAGCCCGGCAAAUCAUCUGCAAUGCCAUCAAUCUCUCACUAUAUUCGUCCUCAGCCAACUCUGUCAUCAAUAUCAAGGUAGAAAGCGAUAGCGAAAGGAAUGGCGGUGGUGAUACAAAGGAAAAAGCAGUGGAUGUGACAGCCAAGGUCGCUGGAGCGGAUGAAUCGCAUCCGAGUAUCCUACAAAUGGUGGAGGAAUGGCUGUUGACGCAUGGAGAUGAUCUGGAUGAGAGCGAGGCGAGGACUGUCAUAUGGAGGUGCCCCAGCUGCUCGAGGUUCCUAUAAAAGAAGAUAGUACAUUCGAAGACGAGUUUGGAAUGGUAUUUCGGGGGUAGAAAGUGAAUGGGACGAUGGAUGUCCAUUUCUUGGGUUUUAAGGUAUGGAAGUAUAGGAAUUUUUAGCCUAGAAUCGUAGCAUAAACGGUAUGUAAACCCAUCUUGGUGCAUGUAUUGAAC